CACCUCAGUGACAGCAUCUCCAGGGACCUCUGUACCACACCCACCAUCCAUGAGCCACUGCCUCCUGUGAACCCUGAUUCAGAUUGAAGCCACCUGAAGUGUCACAGAACAUCCCCCCCAUGAUGACAACCAAGGACAUUUUCCCAGCCUCAAAGCCAUUGACUUACAUCCUGCUUCAGACAUCUUCAGAAGCCCCCAAACACACCACCAAAUCUUACAAGACCAACAAGCCCAAAGGGUCCCUUCUCAAAACACAGGACUUAGUAAGAAUGUCCAAGCAAUCCCCAGAGAAUUGUGGGUACUAUCUUUAUGAGCCUAAAAACUUCUACUGCCUGGACCUGUGUCCCCUUAUAGCAGGGAAGCUUCUGGCCCCACAGCUGCAGACCCAUGUCUCUAUUCCUGAGGCCACAGAAACAUACAUCCCUAAGGAUUCCACAGCUAGGCUUCAGCUGAUUGAUCAGAUGUAUGGGUUCAGAAAUAAUAUCAACCCAACCCUACGACCUCCCAGGAAUGCACCCUCUACAGAUACCAUGAAGGUACCCUCUAUAUCAGUAAUGAAGGCAUCCUCUUCAGAUGUCAUGAAAGUACCCUCUGCAUCAGCCAUGAAGACACCCUCUGCAGAUGCCAUGAAGGUACCCUCUAUAUCAGUAAUGAAGGCAUCCUCUUCAGAUGUCAUGAAAGUACCCUCUGCAUCAGCCAUGAAGACACCCUCUGCAGAUACCAUGAAGGUACCCUCUAUAUCAGUAAUGAAGGCAUCCUCUUCAGAUGUCAUGAAAGUACCCUCUGCAUCAGCCAUGAAGACACCCUCUGCAGAUGCCAUGAAGGUACCCUCUAUAUUAGUAAUGAAGGCAUCCUCUUCAGAUGUCACGAAAGUACCCUCUGCAUCAGCCAUGAAGACACCCUCUGCAGAUGCCAUGAAGGUACCCUCUACAUCAGCCAUGAAGACACCCUCUGCAGAUGCCAUGAAGGUACCCUCUAUAUCAGUAAUGAAGGCAUCCUCUUCAGAUGUCAUGAAAGUACCCUCUGCAUCAGCCAUGAAGACACCCUCUGCAGAUGCCAUGAAGGUACCCUCUACAUCAGCCAUGAAGACACCCUCUGCAGAUGCCAUGAAGGCAUCUUCUAUAUCAGUAAUGAAGGCAUCCUCUUCAGAUGCCAUGAAGGUACCCUCUACAUCAGCCAUGAAGACACCUUCUGCAGAUGCCAUGAAGGCAUCUUCUAUAUCAGUAAUGAAGACACCCUCUGCAGAUACCAUGAAGAUAUCCUCUACAACAAUUGUGAAGGCACCCUCUUUGGUAGCCUCAAAAAAACCCUCUGCAGGGUCCAUGAAGCCAAGGACCAAGACCCAACCUAAGAACCAAAAAGACAAAGAAAAACAUUGCCUCUCUCUUGACCUGGUGCUUAUCAACCCAAACAGGUCAGCCCCAGGCAUCAAACAUCUCCCUAUUCCAGAGGCCACAAAAGUCACAAUUCCAGAAACCCAUGUUAUUUAUUGAACU